CUGCCUACCGUCACAAAGCAAAUGCCGGUGCAGGGAUAGUCGACGAUCAGCUUCCGAUUGCGUGAACUGAAAGUAAUUGGUAUCAUCUCGUCUUCUAAGUUCCAAACUUCUCGACUUUUGCCAAAGAUGCGUUUGGUGGUGCUGCUCCUGGGCUUGGCCGCUGCUGCCUGUGCUGCCUCUUAUUACGACCAAGUCAAGGAGGAAUGGGAGUCAUUCAAGCUCGUCUACAACAAGAAGUAUGAGCCCGUGGAAGAGGCCUUCCGCCUGAAAGUCUUUGCCGAGAACAAGAUGAAGAUUGACAGACACAACCAACUGUACAACAAAGGAGAGCGCACAUACGACUUGAAGAUGAAUCACUUUGGAGAUAUGCUGCAUAACGAGUUCGUGCACACGAUGAACGGCUAUCGAGGCAAUAGCAUGAACAGAACCUACGGGGCAUCGCGCUUCGUGGCGCCCGACAGCGACGUGAAGCUCCCCGAUUCCGUGGACUGGCGCACCAAGGGGGCCGUCACUCCCAUCAAGAGCCAGGGCCAAUGUGGCUCGUGCUGGGCUUUCUCCGCGACGGGAUCAUUGGAAGGCCAGCACUUCCUCAAGACGGGCCAGCUGGUGAGUCUGUCUGAACAGAACCUGGUGGACUGUUCGGGCCACUACGGUAACGAGGGCUGCAAUGGCGGACUCAUGGAGUUCGCUUUCCGAUACAUAAAAGAUAACGGCGGCAUCGACACCGAGGAAUCAUAUCCAUACACAGCCGUGGAUGGUGAUUGCAAGUUCAAGAGGGAUGACGUCGGCGCCGAAGACACAGGCUUCGUGGACAUCAAAAGCAACGACGAGGAUGCGCUGAAGGCAGCCGUGGCCACCGUGGGUCCUGUGUCUGUUGCUGUAGACGCAUCCAGCGACGAAUUCCAAUUCUAUAGCUCAGGUAUCUACGUCGAUGGGUUAUGCGAAAGCCAGUACAUAGACCACGGCUUGCUGGUUGUGGGCUACGGAACAGAGAACGGCUCAGACUUUUGGCUCCUGAAGAACGAGUGGAGCGAGCAUUGGGGAGAAAAGGGAUACAUGAAAUUUUUGCGCAAUGCCCAAAACAUGUGCGGUAUAGCUUCUGCUGCGUCCUAUCCUCUUGUGUAGCUAAUGCUAUAGUCCUCUUACCGUAACAUUAAUAAUUAGCAUUUCUCUAUUGAAAAUGUUUCGGAGACCAGCUCC